UGCGUAAGAAAUAGGCAGCGGGUAAGCAUGGUGCUCGUACUGCUGCUACCUCGCCCACUGAAGAAGAAAGGAUCCGGCUUGGAAUUUACAGGCAUGAUCGUUGACGUCAUGGGACUGGGCUUGAUUGUGAAUGGACGGUUCAGUGUGGCAGCUAUGCCCGAGUUGCGGGCACGUGUGGCGGCGGGCAGAUCAAGACAGUCAUCGGUAAGGGAGAUAGGACAGUCGAUACAGCAGCCAGCGGAAUCACACAGGAACGUUGACGAUGGCGGCGGGUGCACGAGAGCCGUGACGUCAGGAGAGAUGACCGCAACACAUUCGAAGAGGCAACAAGCGAGGAAGGUGAUCUGCGUAAGAAAUAGGCAGCGGGUAAGCAUGGUGCUCGUACUGCUGCCACCUCGCCCACUGGCUAUGUUAUGUUAUGCUAUGCUAUGCUAUGUUAUGGGCUGUCAUGUAUAUGUCAUGUUAGGCUGUGUAUGUACCAUAUUUACGUUAGAUAGGCGCUGUUUUAAUGUCACGGAUGUCAUGACAUUCAUUGCUUUUGUUGAAGCGAUACAGGAAAAUGAAUAAGUUACUUAUUUCUUCUUUGAACGAAAUGAAUGAUCGACACCCCUUCGCGUUUGGGCACAUUCACACCGCGACUGCUUCCAUCACAAUUUUGUUUCGUGGAAUUGCGAGUAGCGGUUCAUGCAAUGAAAAAAAAAAAAAAACACGAAACGUAAUGCUCGAAGUUUAGCGCGUCUACCGUGUAGAUAAUCUUGAAGAUACACUGAUCGGGACCACUUUCCGCCCGUUCGUAUCCACGGAAACAUUCGCUCCAUCACUGCCUGAAACGGGCUCUUUGGCCAUCGGUGGCCUUUGUUUAUUCCCGACUACUGUCAAGGAUCAACGGGUCAUGCGGCAUACCUCUCACCGCCGACGCUGCCGCUUUUACACAUGGCAAUAAGUCAGCGCGCGGCUCGGCUGUUCGCCGAGUCAUAGGCGGCGCGGCGUAUGGCUCGAGAGGAAAACCAACAGGUGUGGGUGUCGGCCCGCGUAAGAAGAAAACCGGAUUCUCCGCGUGCUCUCGCUCUCGCGAAGGGUGUUUUCGGCGGCGGCGUGAUGUACGCGCGUCGCGCCGAGGGCUGCUGCUGCGGCGGCGGCGGCGGCGGCGGCCACGAGGUGUGGGAGACGAACCGCCGCAGCUAUUGUUUCUUCUGCCGCCGGCCCGACAACGCAUCCUGCAGCGCACGGAAGCGGCGUGUGUGAUCGUGCCACCAGCGUCGCUUUCGCUCGGAAGUUUCCAAGGCGAGGACAACGAGCGCUCCCGCUUUCCAGCGUCAGUGAAAGUGCCGGGGAAGUGUUCGCGGGCGUCCCCGUCCGACCUGCCCCUCACGGCUCAUCGGAAGUGUCACGGCGUAGCCGCGACCUCGCCCUGACGCAGAGCGCGACGCGUCGUCGUCGACAUGACCGCGGCUGCGUCCGAGGCGCGGCCUUGUCGUCCGCCUCGCGUGCGCUAGCUCCGCGAGCGUGUUGUUGUCGUGCGUGCGCGUGUGUCGGGGUGUCCGCUGCGCGGAGAUGGAUCUCGCGCGGACUGUUGCGAGUGGCGCGGCGGGCUACCUACCGGAAGGGAAUUUGCAUAACUGACACGUCUGACUGUUACCACAUAAGGCGAUCGCUGUCCCGACCGAAGAAGACGACGAGGAGUUGCGAUGACCGCGACCAUGCGCCGCUGCGCUGGUUUCGCAGUGCUUGACAAGGACGUGGUCAGAGAGAGGCUGGCCGCCGCGCCGAGGUAAAGGACGCUGUCGAUGAGCUUGCGCGGCCGCUCUUGAAAGCGGCGGCUGCGACGAGUGCGGUCGGCAUGGCCGCGAUGCUGGAGCACAAGGACGCCGCUGGCGCUGCUGCUCGGCCCGUUGACUCGAAGCCCCAGCUGUCGUCGUCCUGGUCCAGACGGAAUGGUGUCAGGAAGGCCGCGGCAGCGAUCUUCAGGUCUCUCAGCUUCUCGAUCCGGCAGCGCGAUAACGGCGGUAAUGCGCCGGACCGCGACGACACCACAAGGGUCCUUGCCUGUGAUCGCGGCAAGUCAAGGAUUCCGCAACCGAAGCUGGUUCACUUCCCCAGCAAGAUGGAGGUGAGAACGGCUCCCGCGACUCCCACCUGCAGCCCCGCAAUGCCUCCCGUUUCCGACUACCGGAGUCACUUCAACAGUCCCUCAACGUCGGGUGGCGGACCUGCCAGUUCCGCUUCUCCUUCACUGCCGCCGGCCGCGGGCAGUUAUCAAGGCUCUCAUCACUCCUCGUCGAACGGGACUUCCUCGUCGGCUUCCACCGAAUCCAUAGCUACAAACUCCCACGCCGCAGCGGCGCCAGCGAACGUGCUUUCACACUCGCCGCAGAACGGCUUUCAUUCUUCGACUGCGACGCUAAACGGUAGCGUCAAUGGGCACAGCGUCGGCAGUUACUCCCCGGCCGACGCGUCGAACGGAUCUUCUGCGCACGUCAACGGGAAUAGCGGCGGCGGAGGUGACGCGGCACAGCGACAGGCUUCCAUCACCAUCUUGAGUUCGAAGGGCACCGAGAGUCUCAAGGAGAUGGUGCAGUGUCCCAUCUGCCUGGACCGCCUGCACCGACCCAAGAUGCUCCCGUGCCAGCACACCUUCUGCUUCCUGUGCCUGCAGAACAGCGUGAUGUCGGCCGACGCGAGUCGGUUGCGAUGCGCCAAGUGCCGCUCCGAGGUUCCCCUCCCCAAGGAAGGGAUCUCGGGUUUCCCGUCCAGCAUUCACCUGCAGAACAUCCUGGACCUGCUGGAGUCGGACUACGCCUCGAUGGACGAGCUGCUGCAGUGCUGCGGCUGCCAGACGGUCAGCGGCAGCAGCGUGUUCUGCGAGCACUGCAAGCUCUCCUACUGCUCGCUCUGCAUGGCCAGGCACGUGGAGGAGUUGGCCAAGCAGCUGGGACACAUUGCCGACCAGCUCGACGCUACCGUCGACAAGAUUGCGCUGCGAUACAAGAAGUUCGAGUCUAGCCAGAGCGACAUCCAGUCCAAGGUUCGCCUGGAGGCCGAGAAGCGUGUCCGGAAGAUCCGGGACUCGGAGGCGCACCUGCUGCUUCGCGUGGAGACCGCCAGGGCUGCCGAGGAGACGGGCCUCCAGGACGUGGUGCAGAAGGUGCGGGCUGCAGCCACCGGCGCGCGCCUCUUCUCGUCCAAAGGCUUCGAUGCAGCGCAAGACCCAAACGAAAAGAUUUUGGCCUUCAUGAAGCUACACCGCGACGCCGGCGACGCACUGUCCGAAGUCACUGCAGUGGGCAACACUCAAGUGAGCUUCGACCCGGAGGCAUUCAGCGUCACAAUCGAGUGUCGGACGGAUGCCGUCGCCGAGGACGACGCCGAGUCUCCGGGAUCUCCGAGUAGCAGCCCGGAGACGACGCCCUACUCGGCUUCUUCGCCGGCGAACGCCCUCACCUCACCCGGUCCGCCGGCGGCCGACGCACCGAACCAAAGCAAGGCGGAGCUCCAGAGGGUGGCCGCGGAUGCCCAGUCUCGCCUGUACCGGUCCAAGUCGUUCCUGGCCCGCAUGAGGCUGGGCAACGGCCUGGUGCAGCGGCCGUCGGGCGCGGCCGUGUCCCCGUGGUCGUCGGAGAUCUUCGUCGUGUCCAUGGACAACCACAAGGUGCUCACCUUCGACUCGACGACGGGCCGGUUCCUGCGCUCUUUCGGCAGCCGGGGCCAGCAGGAGGGCGAGUUCCUGUGCCCGUUCGGCAUCGCGCUGUCGCCGGUCGACCAGGAGAUCCUCAUCACGGACAAGUGGAAGCACUGCAUCCACGUGUUCGACAGGGACGGCAACUUCCUGCGCCAGAUCGGCAUGAAGGGCCGCUCGGCGGGCCACUUCCGCAGCCCCGAGUCCAUAUGCGUGGACAACGCCGGGCGGAUCUACGUGUGCGACACGUGCAACCACAGGAUUCAGGUGCUGGACCACGACGGCAUCUUCCUGCGCGAGAUCGGCACGCAUGCGCAGCCCGAGAACGCGUUCAACCGGUCGCGCAGCAUGUUCCAGGAGCCGACGGGCGUCGCGGUCAGCGCCGACGGCCAGCGGGUCGUGGUGUGCGACUUCGGCAGCCACCGGGUGCACGUCUUCUCGAGCGGCGGCGAGCACCUGCACACGUUCGGCCAGAAGGGCGCGCUCAAGGGCCACUUCAUGCACCCGGAGUGCGUGGCCGUGGAUGGCCGGGGCUUCAUCCUAGUCGGCGACAGCGGCAACGGCCGCGUGCAGAUCUGCCGCCCGGACGGCCGCCACGUGCGCACCUUCGGCAACAAGGGCUCCAGCAGCGGACAGUUCAGCUGGAUAUCCGGCAUCGCCGUCACGGCGCAGAACGAGGUGGUCGUGUGCGACUUCAAGAACCACUCGGUGCAGGUCUUCUGAGGGGGCAGGGCACGACCUCGGUCCCACAUCCUCCUCCUCGUGUCGCGCACUUCUGCUUCUGUUCCUGUCGUCGCCUCGCGCGUCCAUUGCGCGCGCGACGUUUUUUUGCAUCGUGCUGGUCAAGCCACGCACGCGCGACACAAGCGGCAUUAUAAGCGCACGCGCCAUGCAUGCGCGUGACACAUGUCGCGCUCGGCAUGUGCGAACACACUGGUAUGCGUCUGCGUACCUGCAGAUCAGCGCCGUGUGGGCUGUUCGACACCACGGCCCCUAUUCACAAAGAGGUUUUUUUUUUUUUUUUUACGCUUGAUGAGGUCGUAGCGGAAGAAAAAGGGCCAAUAGCAGCAGUGGACAUAUCCUUAAGCUGAGGCUUUGUGAACAAAAAGUUUUGUGAAUUCGGCCCCAGAAGUGCGUAUGUGCCUUUGUUCGAGAGGCCGAGCGGUUGAGCGAUGGGAGACCUUGUUAUCCAGCCCCGCCCUACCGAUUCAGCUCGCACUGACGGACAGGGGCCAGGAGCUGCUGGAAACACAUGGGUACCGUAAUAGGGAACCACCCCAUCUGGUGCCUGCGUGCACCACCGAUUUAUUUGGGGCCCAGCAAAUGUUGCUUCAUCAUCAUCGGUCUAUCGCGAAGGCGACACGUGUACCGUUAGGAAUGGCUACCGAAAUGCUCGUGAAGGGUUUCUUCUUCUUUGCGGACGCUUAUAACGUGUGGAUCCUGACCCCAAAUGAUCGCACGUGUUAUCCUACAGGCCAUCCUUAUGUUCACGUGACACCCGUGGCAUUAAACGAGCGCACUAAAACGUGCGCGGAACCGCGCUUACCGCACGCCGAACGCGUGGGUCAGCGCCAUCUAUCUGUACGCUGUGUUACAACAUGCUCUCCAAGGUGCUGAAUCAUGACUUAAAAACGCGCGCUCACUCGCAUAUGCUAGGAGAAAUAGAGCUAGGGGAAAUAGUAUCCGACCUUUCAAGUAUUGCUUAGGAAGUUACCUCCGUAUUCAGAAAUGCACCUUAACUUGAAGCCCAUGCUUGACAAUGACGCCUGGUGCGAACGCGCCCAAGACGCCCACUGCAUUUCAUCGGUUGCGUUCACGACAGGCGUCAUUUCAAAAAAGUCAAGCGUGGGCUUCAAGUUAAUAUGCAUUUCUGUAUACGGGAAUACGGUCUCGCGUGUGAAGUUCGCAGAUUCACCGUAUAACUUCUCAUUACCUAACAGCGCCACCAAGUGUCGGGCUCGGUGCAAUACGAUAUAAGCUUGGAUGGGCGCACGCAUGUUCCGACCUCCAGUGACAACUGGCUUUGACCAUUCUGGGCUUUUUUUUUUUUUUUUUGGAAUCCGACUGGGCGCUUCUCCGCCUUAAGGUAUUGGUACGGCUUUUCUUUCUCCGUGGUGCCAUUUUCGAUUCCUAAGCCCUCGUGUUAAUUUUUGUGACUCUUUUCUCCAUAGUUUUGUCAACGUGUCGCCGUUAGAAGUGCUUCGGAAAUGGCGAAAACUAUCUGAUGGUUGGAAAUAGUCUGCAGGUGGUCGCAACGUAGGGGAGACGAUCGGAAGCAAAAUUCAGAGCACUACAUUUACAUGCGUCUAUUUUAUAACUUUGUUGCGGCUGUCGGAUUUGUUAAGAAUUUCCGUCUAAGAAAAAAGCAUAUAUGACGAAAAAAAAAAGAGAGAAGACAGGCACAACAAUAUUAAAAGUCUUGUAAGGCUGUACUCUUAUAGCUCAUUUUCUCAUAUUCGGUCAACACGCUUGGCAUUACCUUACUUGUCAAAAAUUAGCAUAAUGGCAGGAAUUCUCAGUUCGAAUUUUUUGAGCAGCGAUAUGAAAAAGAGUCACCUAUGAGACGAAAGUUGCCACAGUGCCGAGAGUUAGCUGAAACCUGUGUGGGUGAGAGGUCAGAUAACCAAAGUAGGCCUCCAACUAUUUAUUAAAAUGCUGAAGGUUAUAUAACUAGUUGAUACAAAAAAGAUAUAUUGGCCAAUGGUAGUGACCUUGCUGCCGCCUGUGUAGAUAGACCGUUAAUGAAGCCUGAGAACGUAGUUUGAUUUUAUGAUGGCAAUCCUGGGAGUGUAGCGCAGGCAGGUAGGUCAGUCUGGUUCUGCAAAAGAAAUCGUAACAACUUAGCUGAAAAAUGGAGUGCCUUGUACGCAUUUAGCCAUAUACGUGAGCUAUUAUUUCUACGUUUAUAAACGUGGUACGCCACUUAGGCCUCCAUAGGUAUACAUUUUUCUUGCUAUGUGUAAACACUCUUUGAAAAAUCCCAUAAAGAUACGACAGCAAAAAAGAAAAAAAAAUGCAGCAUCAAAGCUUCUUUGUACCGUCUCGAGCACAUAUUAAGUUAAAGAUUGCACUCUAGUGGCUUUAAUGAGCGCGUUUCUUUCGAAGCGAUGGCUUGUCUAUAGAAGACGGCACUCUGACUUAAGUCGUCUCGUGUACGUUGCAAGAAAUAAAAGUGUCAGGCGUGCCCUUUCAGCCACCUUCGAGAACAAUGACCACCAAACUCAAGGAUCAAUGAAGGUCCAUAAACAUGCCGUAAGGCAUAGUCUACGAGCAUGUUCAACGACACUGACAUGAAAGCAAAAGAAUAUCAGUGUAGGUCCGAGAAAUAAAAUGCUGUCGAAUCGCACUGUUCACAGCAAUCUUGUCGCGUGAUGUCGUUUUCUUUUGUUUAAUAUCUCCAUGGACACCUGGAAAACGCUAAGAGUGAUCAGCGUAAUGCGCUUUAAGGCGCACUUUUUCUCGUUUUUCAGAGGCCGAAUUCGUAUUUCACGAAGGAAAGUUGGGCGAAGUCGUGCACGCGUGCAACCACCAGGAUGCGCUGCCACUAUAGCAGGACGACAAUAUUUGUGAUCAUCAAAACUUGCCUGUUGCAGCGGUUCACGUUGAAGGAGUCGAUACAUCUCGCGGAUUUCGACGCCCGCUGGCAUCAAUAGUUGAAAGAACACGUGUGACACGCGUAUAUAUAGCAACAGCUUGCCUACGAUUUUUCGAUGAGUGGAUCUCGUUGCGUUGUAUAUAAUAUAGUGGCUGUGCAUGGAAGUGCCUCCUCUGGCCGCAAGAGAUGGUCGGUAUCCCACGAAGCUUCGAGCGUAGAUGUUUUGUGCGCAUUAAGUGUUGAUGUGGUGAGUGAGCUCUACUUCUCGUUGAAAACCUUUGCUGUGUGUUCUUGUAUGAAAAUAAAGCUGAGUUGUCGUUUUC